AUGUCUUCUAUCAACCAGGCAGAUCUUGCUAACUUGGAUGAUGGCUCUAAGAAAGAAAUAAUGACAUUUUUGGAAGCUGAAAACUCGAAGCAGAAGGUUCAAAUGUCUGUUCAUCAGUUCACGAAUAUGUGUUUCAAGCAAUGUGUUCCAGCCAUCAACAAUGGCGAUUUGAGCACUCACGAAGAGCAGUGUCUAAACAACUGUGUCAACCGUUUCUUAGAUACCAAUAUACGCAUUGUCAAGGGUUUGCAAAGCCUCCAAUGA